AUGGCCGCCACCGACUCUGCCGAUCAGCAGCUUGCCUCGCAGCUUGGGGGGCUGACGCUCGACAAGUACCCAAACUGCUACCCUGACAUCAACCCCCAGGACAUCUAUCGAUCCCAUCUCACCUCCAUCCUGGCCAAGAUUACUGGCGUCGACCCCAAGAUCAUCUAUCCCGCUCUGCAAUGGACUAUGUCCCUGGAAAAGGGUGACAUGACUCUAGCCAUUCCAGCCCUGCGAGUUAAAGGCAAGAAGCCUGAUGUGCUGGGACAAGAGUGGGUGGAAAAGUGGCCCGAGUCCCCGCUCGUCGAGAAACCCGUUCCCAGUGGCGCUUACCUACCCUUCUUCUUCAAACCCGGCCCGCUCGUCAAGACCUUGAUACCCACGGCGCGGAAGAUGGGAGCCGACUUUGGUACGAACAAAGCGCACGGUCUAAAAGAUCCCAGCGACCCUUCCAAGGGCACCAAGCGGGUGGUCGUCGAGUUCUCCUCCCCGAACAUUGCGAAGCCCUUCCACGCCGGUCACUUGCGAAGUACCAUCAUUGGAGGCUUCCUAGGCAACCUUUACGAAGCUGCUGGAUGGGAUGUCGUGCGAAUCAACUACCUCGGUGACUGGGGAAAGCAGUAUGGCCUGCUGGCCAUCGGUUUCGAUAAGUAUGGUAGCGAGGAGGCGUUGGCACAGGAUCCGAUCAAUCACCUCUUUGAGGUCUACGUCAAGAUCAACAAGGCUAUCGGCGAAGAGAAGGAGGAGGUCGCGAAGCUGCAAGCAGAUGGCAAGGCAACCGAAGCGCAACACCUCAAGGACAACGGCCUUGAUGAACAGGCGCGUCGCUAUUUCAAGCUCAUGACCGAGGGCGACGAGAAGGCCAUUGCCCUGUGGAAACGAUUCAGGGAACUCAGCAUCACCCGAUACAGGGCGACGUACGAGCGACUCAAUAUCCGUUUCGAUGAGUAUUCUGGGGAGAGCCAAGUGUCGGAAGAAGCCAUGGGCAAGGCUGCUCAAAAGAUGAAGGAAAUGGGCAUCGCCGAGGAAUCCGACGGCGCGCUCCUUGUCGACUUCACCAAGCACGUGCCUGGAAAGGCCGGCAAGGCACUCGAAAAACCCAUCAUCCGGAAGCGGGAUGGAACGGCCCUUUACCUGACGCGAGACAUCAGCGAGCUGCUGCAUCGCAACGAAAAAUACAACUUCGACCACAUGAUCUACGUAAUUGCUUCUCAGCAAGAUUUGCACGUCAAACAGUUCUUCAAGAUUGUUGAGCUUAUGGGGUACAAAGACAUUGCGGCCAAAGUACAGCACAUCAACUUCGGUCUGGUGCUCGGCAUGAGUACACGAAAGGGCACCGUCAAGUUCCUGGACGACAUCCUCCGUGAUGUUGGUGAGCACAUGCACGACGUGAUGCGGAAAAACCAAGACAAGUACCAGCAAGUCGAAAAUCCCGACAAGGUGGCAGAUACCCUCGGAAUCAGUGCCGUUAUGGUUCAGGAUCAGAGCGGCAAGAGGAUCAACAACUACCAGUUCGAUAUGGAUGUAAUGUGCUCCUUCGAAGGCGAUACCGGUCCAUACUUGCAGUAUGCGCACGCACGACUGUCUUCCAUCACCCGCAAGGCCAGUCUCAGCGAGGAAGACAUCGCGUCGGCGGACCUGUCGCUCCUCACUGAGCCGCAUGCGGUCAACCUGGCGCGAGUCCUUUCGCAGUGGCCAGACGUGGUUCAAAACGCACUCAAGACGUUGGAGCCCACGACCAUACUGACUUAUCUCUUCAAGAUGACCCACAGCUUGAGCUCCAGCUACGACCAUCUGCGGAUUGUAGGGUCGGAGCCGGGUCUGAUGAAGGCUCGCAUGGCCCUGUACGACACAGCACGACUCGUGCUCAACAACGGCAUGCGCCUCCUGGGACUCUCCCCUGUAGACAGAAUGUGA